CACCGACGACACGUUCUGCGAGGCCUGCAAGUCCACCGUGGGUGUUGACUUUAAAAUCAAGACUGUAGAGCUAAGAGGGAAGAAAAUUAGAUUGCAGAUCUGGGACACGGCAGGGCAGGAGAGAUUUAACAGCAUUACCUCAGCCUAUUACAGAAGUGCCAAGGGGAUCAUAUUAGUCUAUGACAUCACUAAGAAGGAGACAUUCGAUGACUUGCCAAAAUGGAUGAAGAUGAUUGAUAAGUAUGCUUCGGAAGAUGCUGAGCUGCUCCUGGUUGGAAACAAGCUGGACUGCGAAGCAGACAGAGAAAUCUCCAAGCAGCAAGGAGAGAAGUUUGCACAGCAGAUAACUGGGAUGCGGUUCUGUGAAGCCAGUGCCAAGGACAAUUUCAAUGUGGACGAGAUAUUUCUGAAACUCGUCGACGACAUUCUGAAAAAGAUGCCUCUUGAUAUUUUGAGAAGCGAGUUAUCCAAUAGCAUACUCUCUCUACAACCAGAGCCUGAGAUCCCACCAGAGCUGCCUCCUCCUAGACCACAUGUCCGAUGCUGUUGACUGGCUGCUUUGGAGACAGAGUGCAUACAGUCCCCGACGGGGGCGGGGACCAUUCUGUGUGCACUGCAAUCAUGUGACAAUUUCCUUCUGCACUUUGUAACCCAAGUCAGCUAUACACUAACUUGUAAAUAUGCAAAUAUGCAAUCCUGGGUAAGGUGGGUUAUAAAUCACAUGCUUCCCCUCGGACUGUAUUUCCUCGUUGUUCCAGUGUGUAAUGUGCCUACACUGGGAGGCGUGGUUCUUCUGGUGUGAAGAAUGGGAGAGAAGAAGGGUGUGCUGUCUCCUGAGUACUUUAAAUGUCUACACUACGAGGCAGACGCUCCGAUGGGAAAAGAGGGCCCGGUGCUUCGAGUUCCGUUUCAGAGAAAAAUCUACAAAACUGAAGACUUUUUUGAAAAAGAAGACAUGACAACGGCUUCUUCUUUAUUUACGAGGCUUUCCCAGCUGUAGCAUCUUGAGGUUUGGAGUGUCUCUGCCCCAAAGCAAAGCUCCUCUCUCCACAGCCAACACGGAGUUGGCUCUCGGGUCCUGUAGUGAGAGACUUCUCUGAGGUAGAGGGCUGGAUUCGACUGGGUCCUGUGGCUGCAGAAUCUGGGGAUGUCCAGUGGCCAUGAUGGAUGUUUUUAAGAACGACAAAGAUUCAAUUGAGAAAGGACUGUUGGGCAGGGAUUGUAAUCCAGUGUUGAGCUUCAAUCCCCAGCAUCACAAGGGGUGGGGGAGGGGAAGGAAAUGAAAUUAAAGAAGACAAAUUUUUGAAACUAUAUAAGAGAUUUUAAAACCACACUGCUAUCCUACACAAAUCCUGUUUGAAGGGAUUUUAAGAGUUACAUUUUACUGUAUCAAAAAACACAUAUGCAUUUGCCUAGACAUCCUGUAUCUUUGUAAUGAUGGACUUCUCCCAUUGAUGGUGAAGCUUAUUCCUAUGAAGCCUAGACUGUGUUCAAGUUUUCUUGUUUUUGUUUUUGGUUUUUUGUUUGUUUGUUUUUUUUGGUUUUUUUUUUUUUUUGGUCUGAUAAGGAAUUUGUGAACUCUAUCUUUGGUAUAUCUUUUAUUAAACUGCACUGUUUUGUUUAGUCAAGGUAAAUAAGUAUGUAUUUGAAUAACUUGGUGUGCCCUGAGUAUUGUGGUGUGAGAAGCAUCGUGGUCUUUCUACACUAAUGAAGUGCAAAUAAAAUUUUGUAUUUAUGAAUGACA